UUAUGCCUCAUUCAUUCACACUCUCCUUUCUAAUCAGAUAUGUAUCUCCCCUUCAGCCAAUCACGCUGCCGCUGUCCAACUUUAAAUCUGUUCUCCUUCUCUGUUGCUGUCAGCUGUCAUUUCAGUGCAAAAUCCUUGCAACUCAUUUUUGAUCUCCAUUGUGCACAUAUCCAUUUAAUAUAUUUGUUAAUUCAAAAAUAAUUCUCUCUCUUGUUGCUACCACAGCUGCAUCCUGGUAGCAACAAAUACAAGGCUGAGCUCAACUAAGGAAGCAAACUAAUGUAUAUGUAUAUUUUUUUGUGAGCUGUGAUGAGUUUGCAGGGCUGAAUGUUUUCUUUCCUUUCACUGUUUGUCUGACGUGUGUCUCGCCUGUGGCCACAGGUAAGAAUCACAGGUUUAACAAGAUUUGCAUGCAUGGAGCUGAGCAGCUGUUUGAUUCACAUGAGAUUUUUAUUUUCCACUGUGUAUUUUUCUGUGUAAAAUGACCAUCAAAGUUGUCUCAGUUGAAUAUGAUGCCAUCAACAGCAGAAACACCUUCACAAGUUGAGAUAACAUUAAUGGAAGAAUCAUCGUGGUGGUCUCUAAGGAAUCUAUAAUCCAUUUUCUUAUUUCCAUAGCACUUGGUUUAAGUUUCCUGACAGGUGAUUUUUACUUUAGCUUGAUGUUUAAUUUGCAUAUAUUUCUAUUUGCUCUCAAACUUACGUAACUCCAAUUACAUAGCACAUACUCGACAUAUUUUCAGUGUAAAGACGUCUAAAGGUCAAAAUCCAUUUCACAUUGGUAAAGGCAGCAGUGAUGUUGCUAUAAACUACUGAUUCAGUUUUAAAAAUGGAUUUCCUUUCUUGUCUCCCUUUUGCAGGUGAGUCCCUCCUAGUCCCAGCAACCAUUAGAGAACAGUUGCUCUCCAUCCUAAACUGCUCCAUCAUCAAGCUAGAGUACAGGCUGAAGAUACAGGUUCUGGAGAGGUCCGCUGCUACAGUGCAUAUGCCAGCCUUGAUCUUUGUAAGGCGAAAGGCCCCGCUUCAAUACCACCGUGGAUCAGUUCAAACCUGCUUCCAGUAAAUUCAUACAAGGAGGAUCGUGCUUUCUCUCCCCAACCUUUGGGAAGGUUAUUUGAUGUAGUCUUACCAUGACUGUUAAACAUUUCUCAGUGGAGUACAACAAGGUGAAUGAUCGAGGUACUUUCUCUCCUGGGGACAUCCUCUCAGGAAGGGUGACAGUGGUGACCAGCGGGGAAACCAAAGUGCAGUGUUUUUUGGUCAAAGCCAAAGGAAAAGCUAAGGUGACAUGGUAUGAACAGGAAGGACAAGCCACAGGGGUUCACAGCGACAAGAAGAAAUACUUUUAUUUUGAACAUAUUAUUCUUCAGGACAAAAACAAAGGAGAUGGUUCAGAAAUCAUCAGCCCCGGGAGAAAUGUGUAUCCAUUUACCUUUGCGAUUCCAAAUGUAGAUAUGCCUUCAUCUUAUGAGGGGAAAUGGGGCAAAAUUACAUAUAGUUUGCGAGCACAGCUGACUCAGUCAAUCUGGCUUGUCCACAAAACAAAGACUGAGUUCCCUUUCCUGACCAAGUCUGAGUUCCCCUUUGCCUCCAAAUCAGACAUGAUAAUCAUCGGACUUAAGGAGCAACAAUACGCGACCAGGAUUUCAUUUUAUGGCUUUGAAAAGGUUACUAUGAAUGUUACCUCUGAAAAAAUGGGAGUAAAGCAAGGUGAGGCGAUGGGAGUCUCUGUGGAAGUACUCAAUGAAUCCACACGCACAGUAACACCCAAAUUCUACCUGUGUGAGAAGCAGACCUUUGCUGCUCAGUCAAAGAGGAUAGUACACACAAAUGACAUCCUGUUUGGGACAGGAGACUCGGUUCCAGCUAAAACCAGUCGGACUAUAACCAAAGUUCUGAGCAUCCCUCCACAGCUCCCGCCUACCUUCUUCAACUGCUGCAUGAUGAAGCUCGAGUACAGAGUCAAGGUCACGUUUGAUGUCCCUCUGGCAAGAGACCCAGAGAUCCGACUUCCUGUGGUUGUUCUCUUGGGUUCACCAAAACCACAUCAACAGAAACCAAAGAGAUCCAUCUGGUUUAGAAAGCUUCCUGCUUAGAAGGAUGCUGCUGGAUGUUUCUUGGGGAAGUCCAAGCAACCUCAAGUGCCCGGGAAUUUGCUCACUGUGUGUUCUCUUGUCCACUAGAGGGAGAUGUGUGUCACGAAGUAGUCUACCAGUCUUAACAGUUGAUUAAUUUUAGUGUAUUUGAGUGUAUGUACUUAAAUCCACCCCUUUACUCUUUUACUUGAGUAGAAGUACCAAUACAUUUAUGUAAAAAUACUCCAUUAUAAGUAAAAGUCCUGCAUUUAAGUCAAUCUAAGUAUUAUCAACUAAAGUUCUCAUCAAAAUGUGACUAACAUUAUAAUCUAUUACAUUAUGAGAUUGUUUAUAUUGAUGUAUCAAUGCAUACUGUCGGCAUUACUUUAUAGCAUUUUACUGUUGUAGCUGGUUGAAAUGUGCAGCUGUAUAACUAUUUUACACCAAGUAGUGUAGUUUAUUAAACAAAGUUCUUCUGCCACACAAA